CCUUCACAGGGUGACACGUCUGCGGUGAGUGAGUGGCGUUGGCAGCCUGUCAAUCCCUCACCGGAGCGGCCAUCAAACAACAUAAAACACGCGCGGGCACCGGGCGCGGGGCUCAUAAAUUCCGGCGGGCCGAUAUUUUUGCACAUUGCUUUGCAGAGAGUGUGUAAUUAAUUUUUUUACAAUUCUUUCCCCGUUAUUUCCGCUCUUUUCUUUGCACAAGUUCAAACUUUUGAUUGCUGCUGUCUCACCCCCGUGCACAGACUUGGGAUCGUUUGUUAUUUGGGGGGGAGGGCGAUUAAUUUUUUUUUUYCCCUCUGUGAUUGUGUUUUCUUGGCUUUUUUAUGUUGCAAUUUAGGGGUGGGGGUGUUCGCUGGUUUGUUGUGGUUUUUGCUGUUUGCACCCUCUCAACUUCUGAAGGAUUUGAAAGCGAGUCUUUUUGAUUUUAUAUUUAAAUUUUUUUUUUUAAUUUUGCCUUUUUGCAAAGAAGAUUUUUGGACAAGUGGGGAAAGACAUAAAAAGCAACAAUAAAAAUAAAAAAGGGGAAAAAAAAAAACCUUUGGAGGAAGAUUGUACCAGGAAAACCUCACAGAAAUCUGCUCAGCUCAUUUAUCCGAGGCACCAAUAUGAUGAUGAUGAAAGAAGAUUGUAACUAAAGAAGAGAGUGAUUUACUACCCUGGGAAGAAGAAGAGAGAGUGGAAUAAACAGCUGAGAUCCGGUCAAAACACAAAUACUACCUUUUUUUUGUUGUUAUUUUUGUUGUUCUUGUUUUGUUUGGCUUUUUUUUUUUUUUUCCCCUUUUUUGGUGGUGUGUGUGCAGAGCGCGGUCAGGAGCGCGGCACUGGGACUGAGCGGGGCAGGCGCUGCCGUGAGCGCCCGGAGCGCGGCCCGGCCCGGAGCCAUGGACGAUCAGUCCAGGAUGCUGCAGACUCUGGCCGGCGUCAACCUGGCCGGGCACUCGGUGCAGGGGGGCAUGGCCCUGCCGCCUCCCCACGGACACGAAGGGGCUGACGGCGACGGCAGGAAGCAGGACAUCGGCGACAUCCUCCAUCAGAUCAUGACCAUCACUGACCAAAGCCUGGAUGAGGCACAAGCAAAGAAACACGCCCUGAACUGCCACAGGAUGAAACCCGCCCUGUUCAGCGUCCUCUGCGAGAUCAAGGAGAAAACAGGUACGGGCCGGCCGCGCCGCCGCCGCCGCAGCCAUCUUAGCGCUCGGUCUGUCCUCCCGCCGCGCCGGGCCCGGCUCCCCUCACACCGCCGCCGGGAGCGGGGCCGGGCCGGCCCGGGGAACCCUCCGGGACCCGUGAGGGGAGCCCGGGCGGCGGCAGCGCCCUGAAACGGCCCGGGGGUCCCCUGACGGCCCCCGCGGCCCCGGAGCGCCUGCGCUGCCGCGUUCCCGUCAGCCGGUGUGUGAAAGACUUCCCGGGGCGGUGUGACCGCGGGUUUGAACCCCGGGAGCGGCCCGGGAGCUUUGUGAGGGGCGGGGGWGCCGAGCCGAGCCCGCGGCGGCCCCGCCGUGCGCUCCCCGACCCCGCUCCUGUGCCCGCGCUGCUCCGCUGCCUCCCGGGCGCUGGGCUUUUCAACGCCCAAAUUCUCAAAAAUCCUCCCAAAAGUACAUUCUUUUUUUUUUCUUCUAUAUUAACGCGACAGGAAUAAACUUCGUGCUUUUCUUCGGGCGUUUUAGAAGAUUUUUUGCAAUUUUUUCACAUCACUGAAUUUGUAUUUUUUUUUAAGAAGAAAAUUUGCAGAAAGGAUUCUGCUUUGUAUUAUGAGAAUAAGGGCAUUUAGUGAGAACAAUAUUUGAUAAGAAUAAUAACAUUUAACAAUAGUAAGAACAUCAAACAAUAACAAAAACAUUUAUUAUAAUUUGGAUUUUAGAAGAAAUAGACAUUUAUUCACACAUAAGUAAAGCCAUUGCCUGGCUUUUUAGCUCUGUGUGAUACUGACGUUCUGCUUAAUUUCACACUGAAAAAAUAAAACUGGACAAAAACAAUCCAAUGUGAAAUCAUUGCAAAUCUGAGCUGUGGAGCCCGGAGUGAGCGGUUCUAAGAGAAUUAUGGUGUUUUGCAUCCAAGGGUUUCUUUGCUACCGGGGAUCCACUUCAGUUCCUGCUGACAGCUAAGCACUAGGGUAUUGACUGUGUUGUGAAUAUUAAGAUUGAUUCUGCUUUAUGUUGCAUUAUAUUACCCGGGAUAAGGGGAAUGAUCCCUCUCCUGCCCUCCCUUCCCACCUACCUACGUUCCGCCUCGGUCGGCUCCGUAACCCCUUUCAGUCCUUUUUUUGGCUUUUGUUUGUUUCCUGCCUUUCCCUAAACUUCUUUGCCUGUCCUGCUCCGGAUCCAGAGAGCAACCUGCCCUCGGUGUUCAGACAUUUGCAGGAGGCACGUUUCAAUUAAGGAGGCAGGCGUGGGUCCCGCGGUCACUUUAUUUGCAGAGGGCUUAUCCUCAGUGUUUUGAAAGGCAAGUGURGUCAGGCACAUGUCAGAGGUGAGCUGCGAAGAAAACCCGAGUCCUUUCAGCACUGGGAUUACUGGCACAGGCUAUUUGUGAGGCCGCCGCCGUCUCGCAGGCGAGAGRGAACCUGACAAGAGACUCCGUGGUCUGAAACCUUUCGGGGUGUUUCAGUGAUAACUUGUAAGUUGGGAUCCUGCAUUUGUGCUGCAAGAAGUCGAGCAAGUUUUCAAGUUAUCUCUCUUUUGUGMGAUCGCUGAGAAUCAACAAAGAGUGAAGGCGUCUGGCUGCCCAAAGGCGAGCUCCUGCCAGCCCSGCAGCACGGGAGGGACACGAUUAAUGCUCCGGGUGAUUGAUGGAGAUGGAUCCACACCUCCACCAAAAACUCUUCCCGGAGGGAGACCUUCACUCGGGGUCUCCCAGUUGAGGCAAAUGUCUGUGCAGGCUUUAGUUAGCGUGCUAAAGCAAAGAAAAUGUGAAAAUAAAUUGUAGCCUGUAUUCURGAAGCUGUUUUUGGAGGGAACGGCUCAGACGAUUCUAAACUGGAAGCACUAGGAAGGGUCUGAGGUGUGGUUAAAGCUGAGGUAUCCCCUCUCCCCCAUGGGCUCUGCAUUUUCUUAUGGUCUGAGAGCUUAAACCUGCYUYUGAUGGGAUCAUGUGCUGGUGUUGAAUUCUUUCUGAUCAGAACCAAAGUUUACCUGGGUGUGGGAAUUGCCGUGAUGGCUUUAUCACUGUCUUCCAAGGGAUGAGGAGAGAAGCUGGAGCCUAGCAGUCAUGUCUGUUCAGAAGCAACUAAUCUGAUAUUUAAGUAAAUUUUAUAUUGAAUUAUGUAUUUAUUUGCAUUUUAGUAGUUUUCAGUACAGUCAGGGAGGACUUUGUGAGACUGGCUGGGAGAGAGAUGAAGGAGGAAUCYUCAGUUUACAUGGAGCGACUCUGUCGCUUCCUGGCAAGGGUUAAUGGAUGUAUCUCAUUUCUGAAAGCCUCACACAGGGUCAGGAACUGAAGAUUUUUAUUUUUUCUCCCUGUGAGAUAUUUACCAUGUACAAAGAAAAUCACCGACUUGCUGAAUUUAGCUUGACAUUUCUUUUAACAUUUUAACAUUUUCAAAAGUGCUACAUAAUACAUUUAAGUGCUUUACAGCUAUUAAUAGCCGUGUGUAUUCUGAGAGGCAACCACAAGGUAGCACGGUGUUCAUGAAGAAACUGCCACUUCUGGCCUUAAUUAGUUCAAAGAAAAAUUAUACCAAAGUUCUACCGAAGGCCCACCAAUAAAAUAGGAAGGUGAGCAAGGGAGGACCUAGUGACUCGGUUUGGCUGUGCUUUACCCGUUCUCCAAGGUGUCACUGGAAACGGUGAAGUUGCCUUCGCAGUGCACGCUCACAUCUGUUGCUUACCUGCGUCACAGUAUGUUYCUUCAUGCCCUGCCAGGAGGAAUCAAAAACUGAUUUGCACCAUUGUUUGGUUUUUUUAAUAGCUUUUUUUUACUGACUAAAACACCUUCAGGUUGGUGAUUUUGUUAAGCUUCCCUUAGGAUGUUGUUCUACCUGGGGUUCUGGUUAUUCUUAUGAAGA